AUGAAGAUGUUAUGCGAGAGAGCGGGGGAUAAGGAAGAAAGUCACAAAGGGAAGAACUACAAGUAUGUGAAGAAGACGACGAGGGUCUACAAAACUUCGUCGAAGAAGAUAAAAUGCCCCUUCAGGAUUGUUUUCAAAAGGCAUCCCGAAACUCUACUAUGGUGGAUGUAUAGUAUUCCGGAUGGUCGUCACAACCAUCCUCCACCUAGUACUCUUUUAGGGCACCCAGCAUAUGCCCGAUCGAAACCACAUCAAAUAGAAAAGGUUCGGCAGAUGAAGCGAUGUAGGCCCCUUAAGAUUCUAAAUGCAAUAAAUGUGGAAGAUAAGUCAAACUUGUCUAUUCUUUCCACAAUCUACGCUGCCAAAGCAACGAUCAAGAGAACUGAAUGGGAUGGUAGAUUAAUUAUGCAACAAUCAGAGUGGUUGGCAGAAAAACAUAACUAUGACAUGCAAACAAGGGUCGGUCCGGGCGACAAAGUGACUCAUAUUUUUCUUUCCCAUCCUAGGAUGAUGGAUUUGGCACAGUGCUUUUACCAGGUCUUGUUCAUAGAUUGCACCUAUAAAACCAACAAGUAUAACAUGUCGUUGUUGAACGUGGCUAUUCAUACUUCGGAUAAGCAAGCAUUCACCGUGGCAUGGUGCUUUAUGGAAAAGGAAGAAAUAGAAGACUAUGUUUGGGCUUUGGAACAAGUUACCUGGAAGACAAACAAUUGCUACGCGGGGUUUCGCACCAAGUGUCAUGGUGGGCAAUAA